CCUUUGUCAAAAAAAUGUCACUCGAUAAUUUUAUAAACGAUAAUUUACAAAAUAUAUUUUUCGUAACAUUUCAAAUUAACAAUAAGCAGUGAUUUUUGAUAAUUGUGUAGUGAAAUGAAACCUAGUAAUUUGGAAUACAUUAUAAAUACAAAGUUUUGUGUCACAAUUUUUAAAAUUAAAAAAGCAGUUGCUUUGAGUUGAAAACACAACUACCCAAAACUCAUUAACUUGAUUUGAUCAAAUAAACUAAUAAUUAUAAUGACAUAUUUUAAAAUGGGGCAAACAUUAUCUGAACCUGUCACUGCCAAGGACACGUCUUACUGCGAGGAUUCAUCGUUUCGAGUAGGGUCUAGUUGCAUGCAAGGAUGGAGAAUAAAUAUGGAAGAUUCCCAUACACAUAUCCUGCAAUUACCAGACGAUCCUGAAGCUGCAUUUUUUGCAGUUUACGAUGGACAUGGUGGAGCCGAAAUAGCAGAUUAUGCAGGUAAACAUUUACACAAAUUUAUAAUGAAGAGACCGGAUUACCAUGAGGGGAACAUUGUGGAAGCUUUACAAAAGGCUUUUUUGGAUUUAGAUGAACACAUGUUAGAGGAAGAGAGCCUUUUCAACAAACCAUCAGGAUCAACUGCAAUAACAACUCUUAUAAAAGGUGAUAAACUUUAUUGCGCAAAUGUGGGAGAUUCUAGAGCUGUAGCCAGUAUAAACGGUAGAGCUGUAGCUUUAUCUGAAGAUCACAAGCCUUCGAAUCAAUUGGAAUUCGAGAGGAUAAGAGCUGCCGGUGGUUGGGUGGAUGCUAAUAGAGUAAAUGGUAAUCUAGCACUAUCCAGAGCGCUGGGUGAUUUUGCAUUCAAGAAAAACACCGAAUUACCACCAGAACAACAGAUAGUAACCGCUUUUCCAGAUGUAACAGAAUUUACAAUAACACCAGAUUGGGAAUUCAUAGUUUUAGCUUGUGAUGGUAUUUGGGAUGUGAUGAGUAAUAAAGAAGUCAUUUCAUUUAUCAGGGAAAACAUCGCCAGCGGUCAAGAACCGGAGGAAAUUUGCGAGAAAUUGAUGAUGAGAUGUUUAGCACCUGAUUGUCAAAUGGCCGGAUUGGGAUGUGACAAUAUGACAGUAGUUCUUGUAACUCUUCUCCACGGAGAGGGAUACAAUAAAUUACAGGAAAAAUGUAAAGGAGUACCUGUUGAAGAUAUUGAUGAUGUUAAAGAUGAUGAUACGCACAGUUGAGAUUGAUAGGUAAAUGAAAAUAAUCGAUGUGUUGUCUGGAGGAGAGUUUGAAAUUUUUUUUAGACCCUAUACUUGUAUUAGGCCUAAAUUAUUGUUUUGUAGCUUCUGGAUGUUACAAAUCUAAAUAAUUUUCGUGGUUUUUGUGAUAUUUUGUAAAUCUAUUAGUGAAUAACGAUCCUGAUGUUGUUUUUUGAUCAUUUUUGAAUCAAAAGUGUAGAAUUUUUGUACAUAAUUGUCUUGCUAUUUUAGUUCAGCAAAUUUGUCUUUUUUCUGCUUAAAUUUUCAAAUUUUUUAUUUUUAGUACCGCAUAAUCAUUUUAUAGCUUUUUAAUUAAUCAUUUUGAAAUUAGUUUGUUAUAAAAUCAGCUAUAAAAGUUGUCGUUUACUUUAAAGUAUAAUUAGCAAUUCAUAUUUAGAAAUUUUAACAAAAUUUUCAUUUUUAUUGUUUAAAAAUUUUAUUAUAUUAUUUGAGAUGGUUCUAAAUUGAAUUUAGAAAAAAAUCAGUCAAUAAAUUUUGUUAUUAUUACAAUUAUUAACAAAAUAAUAUGAUAUUUGGAAGAGUAGAUUAAAUUGGGUAUUUUCGGAAUCUGAUUUAAAGAUUCUACUAAUAAUUUUCGUUUUUGUUGUUCAAAAGUUCAUUUUAUUAUUUGAAACAGUUUAUAUACCUACUUUAUAACAAAUAUAGGAUCAAAAACAAUUAUUUUGAUUCCAUAUUUGUACAAAAUUAACUUUUAAGUUUGGUCCAAAGAUGAAAUUCAUUAUUGAGUAUGUAUGUGGGAAUUCCAAUUAAAAUUACUAUCUUUGGAACCAAAUUUUUGGCCAAAUACUCCAUUUUUAGACCAAAAUAUGACAAAAUUGAAUGUUAAUUUGAUCCAGAUAGUCUAGAGUCUGAAUGUAGAAGUUGACAUUGUAGAUUUUCACUUUUAUUGUUCAAAAACUGUAUUUUAUCAUUUUGAACUGACCAAAUAUUUAUUUUCAGACAAAAAUUUGAGUUAAAUAGUAAUUUUUAGUCCAAUUUCUCACAAAAUGAGCUGUAGAACUUUUAAUAUGACUCAAUGAAAGAUAUUUUAGACUCAAUAGGUACAGAUUUCAUCAUAUAUUUCAGUUUUUGUUGUUCAAAAAUUGUUUUCAAUUGUUUGGUACAGUCUAAAUAUCAAAGUUAGGAUAAAAAUUCCAUUUUUAGUCCAAUUUCUUACGAAACUAUCUUUGAAAUAAGCACAACAGAUAAAAUACACUCCAGAAUAUAUAUGUGAAGAUUCUGUUCUAGGUUUUUGGUUUUUUUCAUUCAAAAAUCUAAUUAGAACAAAAAUUAGGCCAAAACUUUCAUUUCAAGAUCAAUUUUUCAGAAAACUAACUGUAGCAACCUUAAUUUGAUGCAGUAAAUGAAAUUAUAUAUUUUAUAGUCAUUAUUAAGAGAUAAUAACAUAAAUUUAAAUUUUGAUUGUUCAAAAAAUAUAUUUUGUUUCUUAAAACUGUUCAAAUAUUAAUUUUAGAACAAAAAAUUAGUAAGUAACUUUCAUUUUCUACCAAACCAGUUGUAGAAUUUUCAAUUUGGUUCCAUAAAUGAAACUUUACAUUCUAAUAUUACAGUGUGAGAAUUUUAUCCAAAAUUUUCGUUUUUAUUGUUCAAAAAUUAUAUUUUAUCAUUUGGAACAGUUUAAAUAAUUAGCUUAGAACAUUAGUUGAAUCAAUAACUUUAAUUUUGUAAAAAAUAAGUGUAGAACUUUGAUUUAGUAUAUUAUUUCAUUUUAGAUUUUCAAUUUAGAACAAAAAUUUGACUAUAAAAAGUGUCCAUGAUCAAUUUGCUUGAAAAAUUAAAUUAACUCCAGACUUUCCUAUUGAUUAUUUUCGGUAAAGAGAGGAAAGUUGCAGUUAGAAUAAUAUGUAUGUAGAUAAAUAAAAAAGAAACGUAGAAGCGGUUUUAUGUGUUAUGUUAGUUUCGGGUAUUAGUUUUAUAGUAAAUAAUUUUUCUUCCAGAACAAACGGUAUACUAAUUUCAACGCCUUUAUUGAAUUUGUUGUAAUCAAUUUAUUCGAGUGAUUGCCUCCAAUCUGGUAUUUAACGUUUUAUCCUGUCUUAUUCGUUUUACUGUCAACAUAGAUUGUACUUUUAGCUAAUUUUUUCUCAUUUAUACAAAUCUAGUGAAAAAACUGCACAGUAACGAUCAAAUUUCCCUUAUGAUCACUAUAUACAAGUAUUAUAUUUAUUUUUAAUAUUAGCAAUAAGUAUUGGUUCGUAUACACAUUUCUAUUGAGAUUUUCCUAUUUAUUUUGAUUACAAACAUGUUUUUCACACAUUUUUCGUGGUUUAAAUCAAGUUUUGAUACAUUCUACUUACGAUUUGAGUAUCAUUUAUCUUAUUUUUUUUUCGUCGAACAAAUUUUUAGAAAACUCGUUCUUUUUUACUUUACUGCAUUUAUUUUCAUAGCGCAAAUCCAAUAGAGCGUGUGAUUUAUAUAAAAAUUGUGUAUGUUUACUUAAUAUAUA